AUGAGCUCUGCCUUGUGGAACAAGGAGAAGCCCAGUGGGGGCUUCAGGGAGGACUGGCGCUUCUACAUGGUCGUCAAAGAGUGCACAGUAGAGAAGCCUCCCCAAAAGACCUUAAGAAUCCCUCGUGGCAGUCUUGGCCAGGCGUGCCAGGAGCGCAAUAGCCUGGGGCGCACAUUGCCACCCUGCAAGGGCAAGAAAAGUUUGCGCAUACUUGACCAGACCAACGUAGUACUAAGUCUGGAUGAACGGGAUGUCCUUGAGCUUGAUGAGAAACUGGCUGAACUCCUCUUCCCUAUCACUAACUGUGAAGAACGCUACAGCCUUCUCUGCAAUAAACCACGUCUGGAGCGUGUACGCGACAUUGACUGUGGUUCUAAGGUCCGUGUCCAGCUCCGGUCAGGAGAUGAGCCGCUGCCUGGUGUGGUCCGAUUUAAGGGCUCUCUGCUGCCAGACAGGGCUCUUUCUGGAAUCUGGUUUGGAGUGGAACUACUGGAGGAGGGCAGGGGACAAGGAUUCACAGAGGGCUCCUAUCAGGGCCGGCAGCUUUUCCGCUGUGAAGACGAGUGUGGGGUGUUUGUGGCUCUGGACAAACUUGAACUUUGGGAGGAGGAUGAUGAAGAUGGUUUGGGGGAGCUGGAUAUGGAACAUGUCAGCCUUGUAGAUGAUGAUCAGGACUAUCCUCCACUUCCACCACUGGAGAUCAACUCCAGGGUCCUGGUGCAGACCAGAGGUGGCCCAGAGAGAGGGACCAUCAUUUUUUGUGAUCUGCUGCCGGGAAAUGAGAGCUUGGGCUACUAUGUAGGAGUGGACAUGGACAAUCCUAUUGGCGACUGGAAUGGUGUGAUGGAUGGGAAGCUACUAUGUAAUUUUGCCAGUUUGGAGCAUACAAAACUAGUCCCGAUUUGUGACGUAAUGCCAGAAUAUUCCAUGCAGGACCAAAGGCUGCAAAAGCACAGUUUUCCUUCCAGAGGCACCAACAAUGACAAGUCUGGCCAAAGCAAACCAAAGAGUAAAGGUUUAGGUCACCAGUGUGGCAGUAGAAGCAAGUCUGAAUUUUACUAUACUUUAAAUGGCAGCUCUGUUGAUCCCCCUGCUCAGUCCAAAUCCAAAAGCACAUGGUACAUUGAUGAAGUUGGAGAGGAUCCUGCGAAGUCACUCACUGAAACUCCCCCUGAUUUUAACCAGGCCUCCCCGCCUUCCAGAGCACCCCCUUCAGCCUCCUUGUCCAGCGAUAACAAGUUCCACUCGUUGCCCUUUAGCUUGAACAGAAAAACUGGGCCCAAUGACAGCAUAAGCCAUGGGCCGCUGUCUCUGUCUGUCCAGUCUGUGAUGGGAGAGCAGCCUGAGGCCUUGUCACCUGCUGCACCAUCCUCUCCUCGACCUCCUACACCGCCUCAUGGACAGCCAGGCUUGGAGGUGGGCUCUCUGGUGGAAGUGAAGGAGAAUCCCCCUCUGUGUGGAGUUAUUCGCUGGGUGGGACUGCCCCCUGGUUUGUUGGAGCCACUGGCUGGAUUAGAAUUGGAAGAGGAGUGUCCUGGUUGCACUGAUGGAACCUUCAAAGGUACUCGUUACUUUACUUGUCCACCAAAAAAAGCCCUGUUUGUAAAGCUCAAAUGCUGUCGGCCCGACUCCCGCUUCCCUUCCUUACAUCAUUCGUCCAACCCCAUAGAGAGAUGCAACUCCAUUGCUUUUGGGGGUUACCUAAGUGAGGUGGUGCAUGAAAAUACCCCACCCCGGACGGAGAAUGAUGGUCUAGAUGUGAUGGUGGGGAAAAAGAAGGGCAUCCAGGGCCACUACAACUCCUGCUACCUGGACUCUACUCUCUUUUGUCUUUUUGCCUUUAGCUCUGUUCUGGAUACAGUUUUGCUAAGACCACGUUCUAAGACAGAUGUGGAGUAUUACAGAGAGACCCAGGAGCUACUGCGCACAGAGAUAGUUAACCCCCUGCGAAUACAUGGUUAUGUGUGUGCUACCAAAAUUAUGAAGCUAAGGAGGAUCUUGGAGAAGGUGGAAGCAGCAUCAGGUUUUACAUCAGAGGAGAAAGACCCGGAGGAGUUUUUAAAUAUCCUGUUUCAUCACAUUCUUAGAGUGGAUCCUUUACUAAAACUAAGGUCAGCUGGUCAAAAAGUUCAAGACUGUUAUUUUUAUCAGAUAUUUAUGGACAAAAAGGACAAAGUUGGUGUUCCUACAAUCCAGCAACUUCUAGAGUGGUCUUUCAUUAACAGUGACCUCAAGUUUGCUGAGGCUCCUUCCUGCCUUAUCAUCCAGAUGCCCCGCUUUGGCAAGGACUUCAAAAUGUUCAACAAGAUUUUCCCCUCACUGGAGUUGGACAUCACAGAUCUACUUGAUGACACUCCAAGGGAAUGUCGAAUCUGUGGCGGUCUGGCUCUGUACGAGUGUCGUGACUGCUACGAGGAUGGAGAUAUCACGGCUGGCAAGAUAAAACAGUUCUGUGAGAAGUGCAAUACACAGGUUCAUCUCCACCCAAAGAGAAAAGCACAUCGACAUGGUAAACUGUCUGUCCCCAAGGAGCUUCAAGAGGGAAUGGGUCGACAGGGGAGCUUCCCUCGCCAGAGGAUGGAGCUGUUUGCUGUGCUCUGCAUAGAAACCAGUCACUAUGUGGCCUUUGUCAAAUACGGGAGUGCGGACUCAGCCUGGCUCUUCUUUGAUAGCAUGGCUGACCGUGAUGGAGGACAGAAUGGGUUUAACAUUCCCCAGGUGUCUCCAUGUCCAGAGGUGGAAGCCUACCUUAAAAUGAGUCCAGAAGAACUGCACGCCCUGGACCCUAAGAGCAUCCAGGGGCAGGCGCGCCGCCUCCUGUGUGAUGCUUACAUGUGCAUGUACCAGAGCCCCACCAUGAGCCUGUACAAAUAGUCAUCUCUGUAAGCUUCAGUCACAACUCUACCCUCCAUUUGCAACAUAUUUACAGACAAACUCAACUAAAAGAUGCAACUAAAAAGGCAGCCAGCUCUUGGGGUGUCCAGCCCUACGGAUGAAGAUCCUCUUUGCACUGUGCAAUAGUUAAGUGUUGUGGUUUUCAUGUUGUCCCAUGUAGCUUUCUGCUCUCACAGCCUGUAACAUACUGACGCAGAUGCAAGCCUUACAAACCUUUCUUUCAUAUUUUGAAGGAUCUUUAGGGGUUCAUUGCACAAGGAGGAAGUUCAACAGGCCCAAGACAUAACAUUCAUUUUCAUCCUACCUAUAUAGUAGGGCUGCAAUUCAGACUGAAUUAAAUAAUCAUAAUCAUUUUUUGAUAAUCAUAAUGCCACACAUGCCAAAAGACCAUUUGGUAUUAUUAAAGGGGACAUAUGAUGUAAAAUCAACCUAGUAUCCAUGUUAUAACAGUGUUCCCUCACCAUAAGCUUACUCAGUUAUCUACUGAUUCUUGCAUGUGAGAGUAAUCUUCUGUUGUCCUCCAUUUUAGGCUUGGGUGGUCAUAAAAUGUUCACCUGUCCUCCAUCUCCACCUCAUACUCUGUACUUAACUAUUGUUAUUUUAUAAAUGCAGACUGUGGGUCAUAUAUAGGGUUCGUGUGGCCAUUUUCCAACAAUAAAUACACGUAAAUGAAGUUCUGCAGUUUUGAACACAAUGUCCUUCUGUACUUUCCAGUGAACACAACCUAAAAUAAUGAUAUAUGCAUGUUAUACUUUAAUACUUAAUACCAGAAAAAUGUUUUCUUUAAAUCAGAAUCUCAAAAAAUAAUUUAAGUUUUAUCAGUAAUACAGUCACCAUCGUUCAAACUUUAUGUGGUAUAAAAAUAUUUUAAAACUCGCAAUGAACAAGAGAAGUAAUCUGUCGACUACUAAGAAAAUGGUCAGUUGCAGCCCUACUAUAUACUGCUGUAGUCUCUGUAAAACCUCAGUAGCAUCUAUACAUCCAGGUCAGACACAAUGAAAAUAGAUGUCAACCUAGUGUGCAUUGCAUUAGGACCAGAAAAUUCUGUUCUUUGUGAACCGCUUUGCCCAUUUGCCCAUUACACUGUGUAAAUGUCAUUAUAUGUCCAGCAGAAAUAGUCGUAGCCAUUAUAAAAGUCUCAUGUUUUACUGCAUUCUUUGUUCAAACAAUGCUGCACUUUUGCUCUUUUCUUAAGUGGACCUAUCAGGAAACAUUUAGGUUGUGCUUUUUGCUCUGCCAUUAGAAGUCACAGUGAGUGCUAGUUUGUUAGUUGGGGAGCAUAAGAGUUUUGUCUUACAGAAUACAAAUUUGCUUUUCCUCUUAAGCUCUGAAGAAUCGCCUGCAUUGCUGAUGCAGAGUAGAUGCCAGAUAAAUGCAUGAAGGGAGACUUGUACAAUGGCUCCUAUUGUAAAGCUGCCUGGGUGAGCACUCCUCCAUGCAUUCAUAUAACAAGACUGGAAGGUCUGGCCAUUUUCUUUAAGUGUGUUGUGAGAAAUACACACACAGUGUUUGGUUUGUAAGAUUUUGACAUAAUGUGGUGUUGACUAAUUUAUAUUUGCUCUUUUCCAAGCCUUUUCUCUGUCUCUUAAAGACAGUCUUUGAAAUAUGUCAACACAACUGAUACGCCCUGCCACAAGGAAAAAAAUACUGUAACAUUUAUAGAAAGUUUCUUUUUUUUAGCUACUACUAAUAAAUAUAUUAUUUAUUAUAAAUCUGAUGACCAACUUGUCUCCCUUUUUAAGAAGUUGAAACAGGGUAGAUCCUAGGUUGGGUGCACCUUUUGCUCUUGAACUGUAUUUUGAAGUGAAUCAUUGUAGUUUACGCUGUCCUAAUAGCAACUACUGAAUGUUAAUAGUGACACAGUGAAAAGUGUAAAGAAUGAAGAGGCAUCAGGGUGCUAAGCUUUGAGACUAUAAACUGUAUAUUUGCAUGUAUUUAAAGAACAAAAAUAACUUCAUUCUAAUGUAGUUUCACCUGCUGCAUCUCAUUUAUUGUCCGGAUCACAGCAUUUGAAAUUAAAUGAAACCAACAUUAGGAUGAAAUUACAGUAUACAAUUGUCCAAAUCCUUAUUUUCUUAAGUCAUAGAAGAAUUAUAAAGUGAGUAUUCUGGGUUGCUUUUAAGCAAGGCUCCCUCUUCUUUGGUGUUCAUUGUUCAUUGUUACCGAGAGAUCCAGCAGGCCUAUGUGUGUAAACUGACUGAAGCACGUUCUCUAUGAGAGUUCAACUCUUCUGUGGCAUCUGUGCACUGCAGACAUGUGACAGGUGGAAAUUAAUGUCAGUAAUGUUCCUGUAAAUCUUAUCUAAAUAAAGCCCAUUUUCCAGGC